UGUAAACAAACAUCAUCGAUUGGUAUUUAAGGUGUGGACAUGUACGCAUGAUUUUAUAACAGUUAGAACAGGCGAUGUGUGUAUGAUUGAUCCUGUGGUUAUAUCGUACUGUUAUUGUACCUGUAUAUUAAGUGUGGUCAAUUAACACAGAGAAAGGAAAAACUCUAGACAUGGGUUUAAGAAGUUUAUCAAGACUAACAUACCAGGUUUGCCUGAAAAAGAUACCUCCUUCACUGGCAGUUACAGUACAGACAAAUUUCUGCCCCAAAUGUGGAAUUUUUACACCACCUGUUAAAAGGGCAAAGGCAUUAUACGACCCAGAAAAUAAAGGAGAAAGGCAGGAUGGAGUUAAUUUUGAUACAAUAGGAUCUUGGAAUAAUCGUCUGAACCUUCCUCUCAAUGAGAAACAGAGUGCUCGACGGGGUGAACCUAUACCACAGAUCUCAAUCGAUGAUAUAGGUUAUGCCACAGUGAUUGGUCGAAGGACAGAGAAUCAGGACCGCUUCAAAGUUUCUGAGCUGACACCAGAUAUUUUAUACUUUGCUAUUUUUGAUGGCCAUGGGACUGCUGAGGCAGCUGACUUUGUCCACAGCAGACUUGAAGAUCAUAUCAAGUACUGGUUACAACGCACAAAAGACCUUCAAAUGGUCUUGAAGAGGUCAUUUGUUGAUGUCGAUAACAUGUUCAACAGGUUUACUUAUUCAAAACAGAAACAAAAAGACUGGAUUAAAGCUGAACCCAGUAACUCAGAAGAGGUAACACUAGCAUACACUGGAACCACAGCUACAGUAUGCCUGCUACGUAAUGGAGUUGAACUUGUCAUAGGACAUGUUGGAGAUACAUGCGCCAUCUUGUGUCGGCAGAGUAAAGCUAUCAGGCUGACUGCUGAUCAUGAACCAGAGAUGGCAAGCGAGAGAGAGAGGAUUGAAAGCAGUGGUGGGUCUGUUAUUUGGGACAGUCUUGGUCGGCCACUGGUCAAUGGGAUACUAGCCAUGUCCAGGAGCAUUGGGGACCAGGAUUUAAAGCCGUUUGGUGUUAGUGCUGUACCUGAUACACGGUCUGUUGGUGUGAGACACUCCAAGGACUCAUUUUUAGUGCUGAUAACAGAUGGCAUAUCAUUUGUAAUGAAUGACCAGGAGAUCACUGACACUAUCUCAAACUGUAAGAACCCCAUGGAAGGAGCCAAGGUUAUCACAGACCAGGCCCUACAGUUUGGUUCCCAAGACAACAGUACCUGUGUUGUGAUUCCAUUUGGUGCUUGGGGGAAGUUUGCUGGCAUGAAGGGCAACAUGCCUUUCAGUUUUAGCAGGAUUCCCAACAGAAGUCAUUAGAUAAUGUAAAAGAAUUUGAUAUUUAUACAAUAUGUCACAUAUUUCAUUUCACAAGGAGAACUGGAAUAUACUAUUCUGUCAAAUGAGGGGUGAGGGGUUGUUAUAAGUAUGGGAAAAGGGUGUAUGCUCAUACUACAAGGGUUAAUAUAAUGUUUAAAAUGCAUCCUAGGGAUGGGUAUAUGUAUUGGAGUAGAAUAUAUAUUAUGUGGAACAGCUUACAGAUCCUUCUGCUUUGCCUGCUCCUAUGGUCCCAAAGUAAGUCAGUGUUUAACGGUCCAAAGGUCGUUAGUCAUUUAUCAGAGCUGCAAAAGACAUUCUGCUCUGACAAACCAUUCCUUUUUCCCUUAUUUUGUUGGUAUAUUUCUGGUGACUUUCAUAAAAGAAACCUUUAAACUGAUAUAUCUUCUGAUUAUGCACCUCUUCUACUUAUUAUAUUUGACUUGAAAUGUGUGACCCCAAAAAUCUUAAAACAUUGGUCAUAAAGUGCUUAAUCACUGUAUUCAACUGCAUGGAGAGUAGCAGAUUUCGAUAUUAGAUCCAAUAUUAGAUUAUGAUGUUUUGAACAUUGAAUCACUGCUGUUACAGGUUUUAAAACGUGAAAAGUUUCUCUUAUAGUUCAUUGUUGCUGAUAUGGAAGAUUUUGUUCAUAGUUUUACAUUUUGCAUGUUAUUUUACAGCAUGAAAAAAAUCAGAUACUGAAUGUAUGUUGUGUAAUAUAUGAAUGUUUUAACUGCAACAGUUACAAAAUGUUUUAAAAUAAAGAAAUAGAAUUUUA